UGAAAGAAAUGACUCCAAACAGAUUUCAGCCUCACACACGAUGAACUACACAAUGUGCUCCACCAUGAUGAUUCCUCUGACAGUGCUAUUGCUUUCAACCUGCCUGGGUAAAAGUACUGAAAGCCCUAUUGCUCCUGACACUGUAGAGACGCAUGCUACAGAAGGAGAAAAUGUUCAGCUCUCCUGCAGGUACAAUGGAACUGAUUACAGUCUGCACUGGUAUCGCCAGUUCUCCCAGUCUGUGCCAGAGUUUCUCAUUCUGGAUUAUGAAGGUUUUAUCACCAAUGCAACUCCCCCUGUUCCUGGGAUAUCAAUCAAACAUAACAAGACAGCAAGACAAGUGUUCCUGGAGAUGUCAUCUGCUAAAGUAUCAGACGUUGCUGUCUACUACUGCGCCAUGCAGCCCACAGUGACAGGAAACCCUGUUGCACUCAACAAAAAGCCUCACAGUCAAGAUGCAUGGGAACAGCACAAAAACAAUAUCAGAAUCCCAGAGCUGAAGUCUGAGCGCUUAGCCAAGAGGAGGAGCUCAGCAGCAGAAUGCAGAGCUAAGGACUCUGUUGAUCAGCUUGGAGGAUUUAUCACUGCUACUGAGGGAGCUUCAGUAACUCUGCCCUGCAAUUACACCCGCAUUAGCACAGGACUGCUAGCACCAUAUCUGUUCUGGUACCAGCAGAAACCUAAUGGACUCCCUGUAUUCAUGCUGAGACGGUCCGCAAGCACGGCUGAUCAUGAUGAAGGUUUUAAGAGGAGAUUUGUGGCCAGUCUCACCUCAAACUCAGCUCCUCUUAUAAUCCUGAAUCUGCAAGUGUCUGACUCUGCUGUGUACUACUGUGCUCCGAGGCCCACAGUGACGGAAGACCCAAUUGCUCCCUACAAAAAACCCACACAGUGUGCAGAGGAAAAGAGGACACUGUUGACCAGUUAUCAACGUCUGAGACUGCACCAGAAGGAGGAACCAUGA